AAGAAUAUAUUCUGGUAAAGGAUCGGAGGCCUUACUACAAAUGUCCUAGAUGCAGGAUUAAUUGACUCUUUUGACCGUCAUGGUGCUGAACACUGAGUGGGCCCAAGUAGAAGUAAUAGAUCUAAUAAACGACGGUUCUGGCCUGGCGUUCGGCAUCAUAGGAGGCCGGAGCACGGGCGUCGUGGUGAAGACUAUCCUGCCAGGCGGCGUCGCGGACAGAGACGGCCGACUUCAAAGCGGAGACCACAUCCUGCAAAUAGGCGAGGUGAACCUCAGGGGGUUGGGCUCGGAGCAGGUGGCGUCCGUUCUAAGGCAGUGCGGAGUCCACGUUCGGAUGGUUGUGGCCAGGCCGAUUGAAUGUGCGAAUUCUGAUUAUCAGAAUUUGGGCAGCCAAGCCCCAAUAGUCCCCACGAAAAUUCUUGGCGAUCCUGUAGAACUGGAUCGACACCUUAUAGAAAAUGGUUACGCCGAAGCAUUUGCUCAUCCUCCGUCCAACUAUACAAGUCCGUAUAUCUACACCGGCCAGCACACUGACAUUCAGUUGCAUGGUAUUUCCGGGAUGGUGGAGAUGGCCAGGGACCCUAGAGCUAAUGUGCCCUAUGUCCCGGCCGAGGUACACAACAGUUUCCCGAAAAUGCUCCCCAUGGACCUGACGCUGCACGAGUCCGACUUGCCAGAAACGGAGACCUACGUCGUCGAACUGAAAAAGGACGACCUCGGUCUAGGCAUCACUGUCGCUGGUUACGUCUGCGAGAAGGAGGAAAUAUCAGGAAUCUUCGUCAAGAGCAUAAGCAUAGGAAGUGCGGCAGAUUUGACGAAUAAUAUCAAAAUUAACGAUAGAAUUGUAGAGGUAGAUGGGAUAUCUGUGAUAGGCUUUACCAAUCAUCAGGCAGUCGAACUGUUGCGGAACACGGGCCCUUUAGUAACAAUAAAAGUGGAAAGGUACCUCCGAGGCCCCAAAUAUGAGCAGUUACAGCAGGCCAUCAGGGCAAACGAAUUGAGGCCACCUUCUCCUUCAUCGCCGACCAUUUCAUCGCUGCCCAAAGUGCCGCUCAGUUUGGUGCAAAUGGAUUAUUUAAACAUUGAACCUGACGGGGAAUCACGCACAAGUUUCGAAUUCGAUUCGGCCAUACUCCUGGAAACCUCCAGUCCGAUCAACGAGGAGAAGGAAAUAGUCAUAGGGGGCGAGAAGAGGUCAGUUCAAUUUAGUAUAGCUAGCCAUGAAUCAAUUUAUGACAAAUGGAGAGAGAAACUGGACAAGGAUGUGGAAAUUGUGAUCGCUCAAAUGCAUAAAGAGUCUACUAGUGGGUUAGGUAUUAGUUUAGAGGGAACGGUUGAUGUUGAAGAUGGUAAGGAAGUGAGACCUCAUCACUACAUUAGAAACAUCCUUCCCGAUGGUCCUGUUGGAAGAAAUGGGAUUCUACAAUCAGGAGAUGAGCUAUUGGAGGUAAAUGGCAUCCAGUUAUUAGGUCUGAAUCAUUUAGAAGUAGUAUCGAUAUUAAAGCAACUGCCAAAUUUCGUCAGUAUAGUUUGUGCCCGGUAUCCGGUUCCUAUUAGAGUAAUAGAUACGUCACAACAUAGGGAAGCUUUCCAGGCUAGAAAAAUAUUAGCUGGUAGUCUUCAAACGUUAAUACCGACGAGUGAAAGCAGCCGAUUAGUUAAAGCGAAAUCUGAAACAUCUAUAGCCUCAAGUCUGGCCAGCGAGGCGACGGCUAGCAGGUCGAGAUCCUUAGAACUCAUAGCUGGACUGCCGAUGUGGAGUGACGAACCCACUGUAGUAGAGUUAAACAAGGGCGAUCACGGACUUGGUUUUUCCAUAUUGGAUUAUCAGGACCCAUUAAAUCCUCAAGAAACUGUGAUAGUAAUUCGUUCAUUAGUACCUGGUGGUGUGACACAAACAGACGGAAGGCUGAUUCCGGGCGACAGACUUCUAGGAGUCAACGAUAUUAACGUGGAACACGCAACAUUGGACAUGGCCGUUCAAGUCUUGAAGGGGGCCCCGAAGGGCAUCGUCAGGAUCACCGUUGCCAAACCGUUAAACAGUAACGAUGCCGUGUCCCACGCAAGCCAGGAUACAGAAGAGGACCAAACUUGCCUGGAAGACUUCCAAGAGUGCAUAGAAGAGUAUCAGGAAUGCUUAGACGUAGUCCACAUCUGCAUAGACGAAGAGAACUCAUUCAACCAUUCCCCUUGCACGUCGCAAGUGGAGGACUUUGGCCAAAAAGUAAAACACGCUCAAAUCAACUUAACCAACGUUGAUUUUUUAGAGAAUAACUAUUUAAACGUAAGCAAAUCUAAAGGCGAUGUUGGUGACAGUGAUAUCGAUAUAAGUUUUAAGAGUACGAACGACAACUACAUAGAAAAUUUAAAUAAUAUUAGUGUAUGCAAUAACGUAGUCUUCUCUAAGGUGAACACUGUGAACAAUAAUCAAAACGAAAGACUUGUGAAAGCGGACAGCCUGACUCAAAGUGAUAAACCCUCCGUGACGCAGUCCUCCGUCUCCGAAAAGGACGGGUACGAGACGUGCGUGGACGAUUCUUUGUCGGAGGACAACGUCCGUACGAUAAAAUCCAAACAAAAACAAAUUUCAUUCGAGACUGAGUUGAAACAUGGCAGCGAUAACCUCAAAGUACAAAAUAGUAACAUAAAAAUCGAGCACAAGUUAGAAUUUAAUGACAAUGAGGACUUAACACCAACUAAUUCUAAAGUCGACAUUCUGGACCAAUUUUUUGUAGAUGUUUCCGAAGCCAAUCUGAAAACUGCUUGUACAUCAGUUGCCGUUUCUGAGCCUUGUUUGAACGUGGAGUUUUUUCCCAAUCGCCGUCAUCUCUAUUUGGACACUAAGCUAGAUGGCGGCUUAAAAUCCUACGACAACCAGUCCGAAGACCUAGGUGGCGACGAAUUCUUCCUCGUCCAAUAUCCCACAGACGUGCACAAAGAGGUGUGCAAAAGUAUGAGCGAACCUAACGUCCUAGAAACCUACGAGAUUCCAACGAAAACUACCUACAGGAGAUGUCUGAAGGAGUACUACAAUGACUACGCCGACUGUAUCGAGGCUUACAGGCUGCACCAGGACAGUUUCAGCAAACACGGGGUGCAGCAGGAAAUGGCCGACGACGAUAUUUUUAACGAAAUUCUUUUGCCUUUUAAGAGCCGAUCAGCUCCCGACAUCAUGGAUAGGUCUUUUGUCAUGCUGACUUAUGACCCGGGGCCUGAUAUUGGUAGGAGGAAAUCUGCUUUUGUACCUGGAUAUCAAUGCUCUGAAAGUAGUCCGUAUGAAAUGACAGUAAUACGACCAAUAGACACUGACUAUGGUACUUUGAAAGGAUGCCACGUUGAUGAGAUGCUGCAGAAACAUUGGGGAUCAACGCAUACCGUGAAAAUAUUUCGAGAACCCAAUAAAAGUCUGGGUAUAAGCAUCGUGGGAGGAAAGGUUGAUCUGCAUUCUUCAGAAAAGUCUUCCGACACCCUACUGGGAAUAUUCGUAAAAAAUGUCGUGCCAAAUAGUCCUGCGGGGAAAACAGGCCAAUUUAAGACUGGAGACAGGAUAUUGGAAGUCAGUGGAAUUGACUUAAGACAAGCGAGUCAUGAAACGGCCGUUCAAGCUAUCAGAAAUGCCUCUAACCCAGUUACUUUCGUUGUGCAAUCGCUUAUACCUUGGAAAAGCACGGAUGCUGAGAACAAUUCAGUCAACAACGAGAGUAACUGCCCUUCUCCAUUUCCAUCUCCAGUCAGCGUCGCAGCUCCCGUCGACAUCAAAAACAUCGAAUUCACGGCUCCAGAAAAAAUCAAACAAAUUAAAACCGCAACAGAACAAUCAAAAGUCGAGGAACUGAAAAACCUAAGGGUUACCCCUGAAAAAUCCAAUCAAAAAUCAGCUACGACAAUAGAACCGUCAAAUUCAGCUAAAACCAUAUCGAUGCCAAAAUGUCAGUCACCUGCAACGGCGGAAUCUCUAUCGCCAUCGAAUCAGCCUUUUCAAUUAGAAUUAAAAAAUGAAGAAAUUGUACCGCGAAUUAGUCCAUUGAAGUCGGAAAAAGAACCAAUUCAAUCACCAGAAUGUUUACUGAAGACGAAACUCGAGUCAGAAUUGGACAAAGAAGAACGCGUUACACCGCAAUCGGUCGCUGAAGUUCCGCUUGUUGCUGAGGCACAGCCGUCCAGCUCGGAAGGUGUAUCUGAAGAUAAAAAUAUAGAGCCAGAAAAAGUUAUUCCUCCACGAGAAGAAUCUUUAGAGCCCAGUGAGGAUGAAGAAGAUGAAGACAUCAGGGAAAUGGAAGGAAGAACAGUGUCAGCAGGAGGACAGCAGAUCGACCGAGCCAGUGCUGCAAACGUAAAACGAAGCAAAGAUGAAAUUCAGGCUGACCCAGAAGAGGAAGACGAAUUUGGAUAUACAAUGAGUGAGUAA